AUGCAAAUUAUUAAAUUAAAGCAAAAAAAUUCCAAAAAGACUGGCCCAUCUAGCUUUUAUUGGGCCAAGGCAGCACCGGCCCGUUAUCCUCCCACUGUAGAGAGAGGGAAGUUAUCGCUGCUCUGUGAGGCCAGCCUGACGCAAUGCCCUCCACUCUACGGACCACGAAGCCCAAGCCUUCGCAUGGACCACGCGGCCCAACUCCCUACUUGGAACGGGCGGGCCAGCCUUUCACUACCUAAGGCCCAGCUAGUUGGGCAGGCCCAUUGUCCAAUCACCUUAAUGCCCCUACUCAGGUUACAAGCUGGCGUUACCCAGCUCGGCGAUAGAAUCUUCUCCCACGCGCACUCCACCGCUAGAUCGCCUCUCGCGAUCAUCACCCCUAGCGGGUUCCCCAUCUUCAUCGCCUCAAGAACCAACAGCGGAAGCUUCUCGAACCCACCUCGAGUCUCGAUUUUCAACACAACCCCCAAAUUCGAAACCUUCCUCUUCUCGAGCUCACGCCGCAAGACGACAAUGUCGCCAACAUCCCGGAUAAACGAGACGCCGACCAUGUCAGCAUUAGCGGCCACAAAAUCGAGAUCCACGAGAUCUUUCGACGUGAGCCCCUCAUACCGAAUCUCGCUCUCGGGAAUGUUUAUCGAUUUUUCCGAGCCGAGCUUCGUGCCUCUCGGGCCCGCGUGA